GUCAUCUUAACAGACACAGAGGAACGACUAAUUCGCGGCGUCGAUUUUCUGAAUCGUAGCGAGAAUUUACGCCUCCCGCUGACGCGCUUUCCUCGCGAUCGCGUCUCUCCACGAACGGUCGUAACAUUUUCUGGUCCUUCGAGCCGGAUCACGUGUCGAGUGAAAGUGCACACCAGUGACACCCACUAUCAUACAGCGCCACGUGAAUCCGAUAUAAACAACAACGGACGCGUUACCACUCCAGCGAAGUAAGUAACGCCAAGGGCAGUCAUUUUGAAGAGGCAUAACUCGGUGGUUGAAGAACGCAACCACGCAUCCUCACGUCAACAAACAAAGGGUCAACUUCUGCAAGGAAACGUCUUAGACGCCAGUCGAGACACACACCGUGACGAGCGACAUCCGAAUACACAACCACAGGUAAGCUCGUUCAUUACAUUGUCAUACGAUCCGCUACCAAUGGAAGGCACAGAUAAAAUUACCUCCUUGCGUCGUAAACGAGGCUUCCAAAUCAGUCGAUUUAUGACCCUAUCAAAACAACUCGACGAGUACGAACAAUCUAACAGACGGAACAAGGCCUCUGUGACGGCGUAUAAGUCAUUGCUCGACGACACGUGGAAACAGUAUAGAGCAUUGCAAGAUGAAUUAGAAGAUUUAGGCGAGCGGGCCGACUCGCGCGUGUCCGAUAUAACCAAUAUCUAUUACUAUCUGGUAGUUCGAUUACACAUUCUAAUGGAUAACGCACCAGCAUCAUCGUCGUCGAAAUCGCCAAGCAGCGAUUCGCCCAAUGUCGCCGAGCCGACAGCAAUCAAAUUGCCAGAAAUUCAACUAUCUACUUUCGACGGUGCCAUCGAGAAUUGGCAUUCAUUCUAUGACGCUUUCUCGUCCAUGAUAGAUCGAAGCGAUCGACUCACUGCCACACAAAAAUUCUACUACCUUCGAUCUUCUUUAACCGGAAAGGCCGCGCGAAGCAUCCGAUCGUUGAACGUUACGGAAAUUAAUUAUCCCAUCGCGAUUGAUAUUCUGAAGAAGAAAUUCGACUGCCACCGUCAAGUCUGCAUGCACCAUUGGGACUUGAUAUUCGAAUAUCCAAAAAUAAACAAGGAGACACCCGAGGCAAUCGACGAUUUUCUGGAGACGGUCAAGGCAAAUCUCCAAGCCUUGGAGAAGCUAGGUGAGCCGAUAACGUCAAAUGUUGUCCUUAUCAAAUUGCUUACUUCAAAGUUACCGUCCGCCAUCAUUCGUAAAUGGCAACGAACACUACCGGAUAAAAAGAUGCCGUCCUAUACACAUCUGGUAGAGUUCCUCAAAACACGGACGAACAGCGACAGAACAAGCCCAACGACCACGACAAAAAAAGCUUCCGACAAACACAAUCGACAGCAACAACACGCGCCGCGCAGCAUCACCUUCGCCACUACACAUAGGCCGACGGCGUGUCCAAGUUGCAAGGGACAACAUAAAAUAUGGUAUUGCAAAGUCUUCAAGGCGACGUCAGUCAAAAAUCGCCUUGAAAUCGUCAAAAGGGCUUCCCUCUGCACCAAUUGUCUAGGCCAAGGACACACUAUUGCCCAGUGCUCUGCCGGCUCAUGUUGCAUAUGCAGACAGCGACAUCACACAUACUUGCAUCAACACCAACGUCACGGCAAGUCACGGUCUUCGAGCGGACGCUCUUCACCUAGCUCACCGACUCCUCGUUCGUCACAUCGUUCGAGACGCGCGUCCACAUCGCCAUGGUCGUCUUCCAAGUCGUUUACACCGGUCGUCUUCCAGGUCGUCUCACCCGGUCGUCACCCCGAACGUCACUAAAACACGAACCUCGCCCAACACGUACACAUACAACCGGAUCAAAGUCAUCGUCUAGAAAGAAAGGAAGUGACUAUCUCAGACGACUUUAAUUGGGACCGAAUCACAGAGGACCGAAUUACUGACCUCGGUUCCCUCUAAACCAUUACAACAUGAUCUCUUAGUCACGGCGCAGGUCAACAUACAAAACAAUAAGAGACAACCAUUCCGUUGUAGAGCCCUGCUAGACACCGGCUCUAGCAUGAAUUUCAUUACCGAAGAACUCGCUCAUGCAUUAAAACUCAACCAACGGAAAUGUUCGGUCCCAAUCGGAACUCUCGACGCGUUAUCGACGACCUCGAAACGCUACGUCACGGCCACGAUCACUUCAAUUGACGGCGCAUACGAACGCACA